CGUCUUUAGUUGAUACCACCUUCCCUGGGAGAGACUUCUUUUCAGAACAAAGGAAUCACUUUCCAUCUGAACCCCAACAAGACCUCAUUAUUGCGUAUACGCUGUUGGAACCUGUGUCACCAGCGCAACAGCGAAUAUGGCCGACCAACAGCCUCAGAGUUCUGAUUCAACUCCACUACCCCAACAGCCUGCUGCUCCCACUCCAAUUUCUCUACCAACACAUAACUCAGGCCCCUCUCCCGUGCCUCUCCUCCGACCCGCCAUUCCUGGCGCCAGAAGUGGUGGAGCUCGUACACCCAGGCUUGGCCUCGCUAUCCCACCAUCACCUAAUGCCAAAGCUGUAGGCAAUCAAGGAGCAGCCGCGGCUGCCCCUUCAAGGCCUCCUCUGCCGACAUUACACCUAGCAACCCCUAUGGGUAGUCAAGUCACUCCCCAUGAACAGUUACCACGAUCCCAAUGUGCAACCCAAGCAUCGGCUGGUGGUGGUAGUGAAAGUAGCGCGGCUCACUCAAGGUCUGGCAGUUUCGGCCCUCUAGAUGGACGGGCAAGCAAUCCCACUUCUGCAGGAUCUCAAUAUUCCGCUUUGUCCUUUGCUUCGCAGUAUGGUAUAGGUGUAUCAAGACCUCAAGGUACUCCGGAUCCGGUAUCUGCUGUAGGAUCUAUGUACUCCGAGAGAAGCGAGGGUGGGGUCUCCAUGGAGCGUGAUGGAAGUCUUCAAGGUUUGGAGGCAUUCGAUAAACUAAGCCUCGAGAAGGCCAGGACUCUCGACGUUGAUGAGCUUGACGAAGAGGGCUGGAGAAUCGCAAGUUUGGAGAAGAGAAUUGUCGAGAUUGGGAAUCUAGGUGAAGGUGCUGGUGGUGCUGUCACAAGAUGCAAGCUCAAGGGCGGUAACACUGUUUUUGCCCUCAAGGUCAUCACUACGAAUCCGGACCCCGAUGUCAAAAAGCAGAUUCUCAGAGAGUUGGGAUUCAACAAAGAGUGCGCUUCAGACCACAUAUGCAAGUACUAUGGAGCCUUUGUCGAUCCAGCUACGGCCACAAUCUCAAUCGCCAUGGAGUUUUGUGAAGGUGGCUCGCUUGAUAGCAUUUAUAAGGAGGUCAAGCGUUUGGGGGGCAGAACAGGAGAGAAGGUUUUAGGAAAGAUUGCCGAGGGUGUUUUGGGCGGCCUCACGUACCUGCAUACUCGACGAAUCAUUCACCGAGACAUCAAACCUUCGAACAUCUUACUCUGCCGAGAUGGUGCCGUGAAACUUUGCGAUUUCGGUGUCUCUGGCGAUUUCGGUACUAAGGGAGAGGCCAAUACUUUUAUCGGCACCAGCUAUUAUAUGGCACCUGAGCGUAUCACCGGCCAGUCCUAUACUAUUACUUCGGAUGUUUGGUCAACCGGAGUUACCCUUCUCGAGGUGGCGCAGCAUCGUUUCCCAUUUCCAGCAGACGGCACAGAAAUGCAACCGCGGGCUGGUCUUAUAGAUUUACUCACAUACAUCGUAAGACAGAACGUGCCCAAACUGAAGGACGAACCUGAAAUGGACGUGUAUUGGAGUGACAACUUCAAAUAUUUCAUCGAGUGCUGUUUGGAAAAACAACCCAACAGACGAGCCAGUCCUUGGAAGAUGAUGGAGCACCCAUGGAUGGUUGAAAUGCGCUCCAAGCGUGUCAACAUGGUGAAAUAUCUUUCUUUUGUCUGGGGUUGGGAUGAACAACCUAAGGACUCUUAGAAAAGAUACACAACAAGCUCAAGCUUCGGAGCAGCAAAAUGCUAAAGCAGCUCAAACAGUACAGGAUGUCAAAUAAUGGAAGGAGGUCAGGACGGCAGAAGUUCUCGCAAAAGCAGACGAAUUGGUGAAGCAGGCCUUGGAAGAAGCAAAUCGGAGAAAUGGCCAUGCAGCAUGAACACUUUACACAAUGCCAUGAACGAACCAGAAAAGGCCACAUUCCUCGUCAGCCAUUUCCACUACG